AUGUAUGGCACGCAGCUUGUACGGUAUGUUUCACGUAAACCGCCAAAAACCCCGCCAUUCCAUGAUGUCACACAAGGUGAAGGAGAGAUCGCCGAACCAACUUUUCCGGAAACCAAAAGAGGGUUGGAUGUGGAACAAAACACGCGUCAUAUGGACAAAUUGAUAAACACCGCUAAGUAUGCACUCGAACCAAAGGUUAUUGCGGAGGGCAUAAACGCUACAAGGUUUCUACACAGCGUACAUAUCGAUCAACGUCGUGAUCGCUUGCGACCAAUGUUGGCUUUGGAAGAAGCGUGCCUGAAUGAGGAGAUGCGCGAAAAAUUUAAAGUAGCCAUCCACUAUGCUUAA